GCGUUUAGUUUCGUUUGUUAGCUCCAACACAACUGUGCGCAUAAUAAUGUUGUUUAUAAUAUAUUUGUUGAUCGGCGCGUUGGCGUUAAUUGCGUAUUACUAUCAUCGCACUGUAACCUAUUGGAAGAACCGUGGCGUACCCCAAGAGACGCCACAUCCAUUCUAUGGCAAUCUCGUUGGCUUCAGAGCCUAUCGCGUCAUGCACGACAUUAUGAUCGAGUACUACAAUAAAUAUCGCAGCAGCGGCUAUCCCUUUGUGGGUUUCAACUUUAUGCACAGACGCAGCGCAUUUAUUAUAGACUCCAAGCUAGCCAAGAAUAUUCUCAUCAAGGACUUUACCAACUUUGCUGAUCGUGGACAGUUUCAUAAUGAACGCGAUGAUCCACUGACUGGGCAUUUGUUCAAUUUGGAUGGAAAGCGCUGGAAGGAAAUGCGACAGAAGCUUUCGCCCACCUUUACCUCAGGCAAAAUGAAGUUUAUGUUUCCCACUGUCAUCAAAGUGUCUGAAGAGUUUAUUAAGGUUAUGUUUGAGCAUGUGCCGGCCCAAACUGGUGGCACUGUAAUUGAAAUCAAAGAUCUAAUGGCGCGCUUUACCACCGACGUCAUUGGCACUUGCGCUUUCGGCAUUGAAUGCAAUACGCUGCGCACGCCGGAAAGUGAUUUCCGCACAAUGGCAACGAAAGCAUUUACGGAGCUGCGACAUGGAUCUUUGAUAACCGCAUUUAUGUUUAGCUUUCCCAAACUGGCAGCUAAGCUGGGCGUACGUUCUACACCUGAGGAUGUGCAUCAAUUCUUUAUGAACCUGGUGCAGGAUACCAUUGCAUACAGGGAGAAGGAAAAGAUAAAGCGCAACGACUUUAUGGAAAUGUUAAUCGAACUGAAGCAAACUGGCAGCUUCACCUUGGACUCGGGAGAAGUUGUGCAUGGCUUGACUGUAGGGGAAUUGGCAGCUCAGGUGUUUGUCUUUUAUCUGGCUGGCUUUGAGACUUCCUCCUCAACCAUGACCUACGCCUUGUACGAGCUGUCGCAACACCAAGACAUACAAGACAAGCUGAGAAUUGAAAUUAGCAAUGUGAUGCAGCAGCAUGACAAUAAAAUUAGCUAUGAGAGCAUUAAGGCUAUGCGCUACUUGGAUCAAGUUAUAAAUGAAACACUGCGCUUGUAUACACUAGUGCCGCAUCUGGAGCGUAAGGCGUUGAACGAUUAUGUUGUGCCUGGUCGACCCGACAUGGUUAUAGAGAAAGACACUGUUGUUAUGAUACCCGCCUGCGCGUAUCAUCGUGAUGAAGAUCUUUACCCCAGUCCCGACGUAUUCGAUCCGGAGCGUUUCUCGCCCGAAAUGGUCGCUGCUCGCGACUCUGUGGAAUGGCUGCCCUUUGGUGAUGGACCCAGAAACUGCGUGGGCAUGCGCUUUGGUCAAAUGCAAACGCGCAUUGGCCUGGCUCAGCUGAUAAGAAACUUUAAGUUUACAGUUUGCGACAAAACUGAGAUGCCGCUCAAGUUUAAUCCAAAGUCGUUUGUGCUGGGCACAAUUGGCGGCAUCUAUGUGCGUGUGGAGCGAGUUUAAAUAUAGACUGUGUUCAAAUGACAUUUAAUUGUAUGCAAUUACAAUUAGCAUACAUGUUGGCCUCAACAAUUAAAUAAAGAAUUAUAAAAAUAA